UCAAGCGAGCACGUCGGCAUAACGAGAGGGGUGGCGAAGAUGAAUGUGGGGGCCGAAGAUAUAUGCGUCGAUUGCGAUGGUGGAGGGGGCGAAGAAUGCGCGGCAGACGACGACGAUAAUGACAAGGACGAAGACGACGACGGCGAGAUGGACAUUCGUCCAGUAGGGAGGAGCCGGGGAGGGUCAAGGGCCACAAACAAGUUUACAAAACCGGGCGCGGGGCGUAAAGGCAAGAACGGUGUGGAAGAUACGUCGGCAGCCGAGGGAGCAAAAAGCAAGGAUUUUUGGACCGUGGAGUAUAUGAUUGCUCUGGUCCGAGCUAAAAGAGACCAGGAUUUGCAUCUGGCCGGCCUGGGGCACAACUACGGACGGAUGAAGACGAAGACAUGGAAGUGGGACGACGUCGAGAAGAGGCUCGUGCAGAUGGGGGUAACUGGUAGGAAGGCCGUCGACUGCAGGAAAAAAUGGGACAACCUGUACCAGCAGUUCAAAUCCGUGCACAAGUUCAUGGGAGAAUCCAAGAAGCCUAAUUUCUUCACACUAACGUCGGGGGAGAGGAAGGAGCAGGGGUUCGACUUUCGGAUGGAUGAGCGUGUGUAUUCGGAGAUGAAGGCGAUGUCCAGGGGCGAUCACACUAUACACCCCACGAAUCUCGCGGACACGGGUGCGGCUGGAGGUGUUCAAAUGGCUGCCCCACGUGGCGGUCGGAAUGAAUCCGACGCUAGUGAGGGAUGCGGGGAUGGACAGGACGACGAUCAGGGAUCGACGAGGGAUUCGGCGUUCAACGUCGGUGGUGGUGGCGGGGCCGGCAAAUGGAAGAAUGUCAGACAACAAACCUUCGACGCGAUGGCGGACGUCAUGAAGGAGCACGAGAAUCUGAUGGCGUCGACGGUGGACAGCGCGAGCAAGAGGCAGUGCUCAAUUCUGACGAGGCAAAGCGACAUUCUCGAGCGAGAGAUAGAAGUGCAGAAGGAGCACUACGAGAAGGCCGACCAGACAAACUUCAUGAUGUGCAACGCCCUUAUGGAGAUUGCUAAAGCAAUCCGCGCGCGAUCUUAACGUCGCUUGGCCACACAUGUCCGACGUCUGUGCGAAUGCAACGUGU